AUGUUGGAGGGAACGAGUCCUGAGCUGUCCCUACAAGACCUGAUCCAGAAACAGAAGAAGUGGGGUAGAAGAGGGAACGAAGUCCUGAGCUGUCCCUACAAGACCUUAUCCAGGAAACAGAAAAGUACAUCAGUGGACAUUUCAGGGUCAGUCACAGUCAACACCUGCAUCAUCCACUACCGUCACCAGGAGUUCUCCCAUUGGCUAGACCUGUUUCCAUGGGAACAGCUUGUUCAUAGGAAAACGGCUCAUAGAAAGAGUCCAGUGGACUAUUUGCAUACCCUCCCGUCCACCAGGAACUUCCCCCACCUGGACGCCCCAGUGAUGAUCAGCUCCUCAGUGUCCAAUGUCAAUGUGUCUGUCCAGCUGGGAGACACUCCUCCCUUCGCCCUGCGCUUCAUCUCAGUCAGCACAGAGAUGCAGCACGUUCUGGACAUCAGCACAAACGCAGAGAGCCUCAAUUUCCAGAAUGUUCACCGCCAUCUCUCUCUGUCCCUGGAACACUUCUGGUGGAGGGUGGGCCAGGACUCCCACAUCCAGCAGGCCCCUCACCCCCCUGGCAAACACGUGUGGGGGGAAGCCCGCAUCCUCGACUCCCUUACACUGCAGGGGAGCUUCAACAAGCCCCAGAGUGAGUCCAGUAGCCAUUCUGAGAGUGUGAGUGUGGAGUCCAAUGUGAGGGGCCUACAGCUGGAGGUGUCAGAGACCUGUGCCCUGUGCUUCUCCCGCCUACUGUCCCUCUGUAACCUGGACAGCUGCAGGAAGCUGGAGGCCUCAGAGCAGCCAGAUGUGGUGCCUGUACCUGUCCUUGUUGAUGGGACAACCUCCCCCAGUCAUGGCGCCUUUUAUUUUAAGAUUGAGUGUAACCUGGAGGAUGUCAACGUGUUCACACUCUCCAAUGUAGCAGGAGCUGUGUCUUUGCGGGUGGACACAGUGAAGGCCCAAGACUCGGCGGAAAGCUCCACGGUGUCUGUCCAGGGUGUGUGCGUUGAGCCCCAUUGAGCCCUGCUGUCCCUCAGCCCAAACCCCCAACCCUGUCCUCAGCCUCUCCAGCCAUCCUGG